AUGACAACUUUAAAGAGAGCAAAACCGUGGGAAAUAUCCGACUCGGAAGGGGAGGGCGAUUAUUCUGAAAACAAAGUCGCAAUCACACGCACCCCUGCACCAAAAACCGACAAUGCCUCAUAUUCAGACUCCAGUUCGCGCAAACCAGAGGAGGCGAAUGGGAGUCACACAGGGAGGUGCUCUCCGGUAUCAGAGAGCUCAGAGACCCUGAGAGAGGAAGCUGAAGUCGGCUUGGUGCCUCCGGCUCCUCCCGCCGGUCGUCAGACCCCGAGUCCCUGGAGAAGACGACGGACGAGAGAGGAGAUCGAGGCGGACAGGAUGAGGGCAGAGGAGAGAAAAGCAGCGAGAGAAAAACAGAGGCAGGAGAGAGAGAGAGCAAGGGAGGAAAAACGACAAGAACAGCAAAGGAAAAGAGAGACAGCAGAGCGUUUGAAGAGUUUCAGACCGGAGAACUAUUUAAAACAUCUGACCGUGCGCGUUCACCCAGUGCUGCUGCAGGAUGCUGGCUCUGAUGUGUUGCUGGGGACCCUGGCAGGGCUGGAGUGGAGAAGUUCUGUUGAAAUUCAGGAUCUUUCCCACAGUAUCAGCUGGACCAGAGAGCAGCCUCCGACUGAGGAUGACGAUGCCAUAGUGGAGGAAGAACAGGUGCUGAUGGUGAUCUCUCUGACAGAGUUUAUGGACAUGAUGGUCUCUGCGAAACAGACCUUGCAGGGUUACCCAGAGGAAGCUGGUUCUGUGUCUCUGUUCCAGUCGCUCUGUGAGUACCUGAACAGAAGCCCAGAACGUGUUGUUACGGUUCUAGUGACAGGAACUGAACAGAACAGCAGGCCAUCAGCUGCAGGUCAUGGUGAUCUUCAGGACUUCGACAUAGAGGAGGUGCUGGUGUACCUGCAGCUCUAUAAGAGUGUGUCUGUGCACUUCCUCUUCGGCUGGCAGGAGGUCACCGAUCACGUGUGUGCAGUCACCAAAGCACUGUCCAAACGGCCCUUUAAGAAGCUGACAGAGCAGGCUGAGCUGGGGUUCUGUGUGGACGGAUCCUGGGCAGGGGGUGUCCGUGCAGAACGGGACGGAAGUGGGCUCAGACAGGUCUGGACCCGUCAGAUCCAGCAGCUCAAUCGCGUCAGCGUCGCUAUGGCUACGGCCGUGACGACCUCGUACCCUUCCCCUCAACUUUUAUUACAGGCAUAUGAGAAGGUGGAGUCUGAAGGUGAGAGGCGUGGCCUGUUGGCUGAUCUUCCUGUUAGAGGCGGAGCCAAAGAAAGGCGUGUAGGUCCAGAGCUCUCCAUUCGUAUACAUCGCCUCUUCACUACCCAGAAUCCUCAGCUGGUGCUGGAUUGA